AUGACCGACGUCGCGUGCGAUACCGGCGGGUGGGUCCCGUCGACGCCCGGGGGCGAGCGCGCGUCGCCCGCGGCGUCGCCGAUGAAGCCGCCGUCCGCGUCGUCGCGAUCGCGCGCGUCCUCCGCGGUAACACCCGACGCGCGCUCCGCGGAUCGUCCGUCCCCUCGUCGCGAGGACGACGACGGCGUCGGCGCGUCGAUCGCGAACUGGUUCUCCGGCGUCUUCGGCGGCGAUAAAGACGAGGGCAGCAAGGUCGAGGACGAGGACGACGCCGCCGAGGAGAAGACGCCGCCGUCGCCGCGGGACGGGCGGCGCGAGAAGCGAUCCCCGAACGAAGACGACGACGACCACGACCACGAUCGCGAUCGCGGCGACGACGCGAACGCCGCGUCCGACGCGACCGCGACGGACGCGGCGACCUCAACGUCCGCCCUUCCGUCAGCAGCGCCCGCGGCGGACGUCGCGCUCGCCAAGUUCCGCGCCGACGUCGCCGUCGCGCUCGCGAUCGCGCGCGACGCGCUCCCGCGGCGCGUCGCGCGGAACGCCCAGCUCGUGGCGUCGCUCGAGGAUUUGAAGACGUUCGCGGACCGAGACGCGGUCCUCGCGAUGGCGGACUGGCGCGUCGCGGGCGGCGGCGAGGACCUCGACGCCGUGCAGGUCGCGGACGUCAAGGUGGUGGUGGAGAAGGAGGAGGAAGAGGGAGAGACGCUGACGGCGGUGCCGCUCGAAGAAGAGACGACGACGACGACGGACGCCAAGACAGUCGGUCAGAGUUGGCCGAUCCGGCUGCAGCUCCCCGGGCUCGUCGAGCUCGCGCACGAGGACGAGCCGGGGACGCUGUCGUCGUGGACGUACUGCGACGCCGCGGCGUUCGCGGUGUCGGCGUCGGCGUUCGGCGGCGGCGGCGGCGGCCGCGGCGGCGCCGCCGCCGCCGACGACGUCGCGGCGGUCAGACUCGCCGUGCGACAGGUCGGCGCGGACUCGUGCUUCGCCGUCGUCGUGGGGGACGAGAAGCGCGCGCGGAAGACGACGAAGACGCUGACGGAGACGUGCGGGAUGCGCUCGAGGCACGUCGUCGUCGUCCCACCGAACGCCCGCCCGACCGCCGGCGGCGGCGGCGGCGACGACGACGGCGGCGGCGAUGACGACGAGCCGCCGCCGCGGCCGACGAACGAGGCGGUGGCGCGGUGGACGACCGACCUCGCCGACGCGCUGCUCCGACGGCACCGACGCGUCGCGCAGAUCCGCGAGGACGAGUUCCGCGCGCUCGGCGCCGCGGUCGACGCCGCGGCCGCGGAGAACGUCGGAUGGGGGUUGCCGUCGUCGCUGCGGACGGCGGCGGACGCCGCCGCCGCCGCCGCCGCCGCCGCCGCGUCGGUCCCCGUCGACGCGGCGAUGCGAGCGAGCGAUCUUCUCGCGCGUUCGGGGAUCGAAUCCUCGCUCGGCGCGGCGACCGACGCCGCCGACGGGCUCGGGCGGCGCGUCGGGAGCGUCGCCGCGAGCGUCACAACGCGCGCGAGCGAGCUCGGCGCGGGCGUCGCGGAGACGACGGCGGGCGUCGCGUCCGCGUUGGGCGUCGGCGCGAACGCGGCGUUCGCGCGCGCGACGGCGGCGAACACGUCGUCGACGAACGGACGGAACGUCGUCUCGCCGCGGACGUCGCGGCGGCCGCGCAGAACGCCGCGCGCGACCGAUCGUCGCCGCACGCGCGCCCCCUCUCCCGCUCUCACCAUGACCGCCGCCGCGUCCGCGUCGAAGAUGACGGUCCCGCAGCUCCGCGAGGAGCUCAAGUCCAAGGGCUUGGACGCGACCGGGCUCAAGGCGGAGCUCGUCGCGCGCCUCGAGGCGUCGCGGAGCGGCGGCGACGACGCGGGCACCGACGCGGACGCCGCGCCGACGGCCGCCGCGGACGACGCGGAGACGAAGGGGGACGAAGAAAAAGACGCAGCCGCCGCAGCCGCCGCCGCCGCCGCCGACGACGACGACGAGGACGCCCCCGCGGGGAAGCGGAAGCGCGCCGACGCCGCGGAGACGGAGGACAAGGACGAAGAGGAGGUCGCCGCGAAGGCGGCGAAGCGCGACGCCGACGCCGCCGCCGCCGCCGCCCCCGAAGCCGACGCCGCCGACGCCGAAGCCGCCCCAGACGCCGCCGCCGCCGCCGCCGCCGACGUCUUCUGGGAGACGGACGAGGCGACGGGCAAGGCGUUCUUCGAACUCCCGUGCGCCGGUCACGAGGGCAGGGUCAUCGGCCGCGGCGGCGAGACGAUCAAGUACAUCGAGAACCGCUUCUCGGUGAAGCUCGACAUGAAGCGCGACCGCGGCGUCGUGCGAUGCGCGGGCGCGCCCGCGUCGCUCCCCGAGUGCCGCCGGAUCGUCACGGAGGUGAUCGACACCGGCGACAUCAAAGACCGCCCGUCGGCGGAUAACUUCACGCUCGGCGGCGCCGCGGGGAUGGUCGCGCAGCUCAUCGCGGCGGCGGCGGCGAACGGCACGUCCGCGCUCGGCGGCGCCAACGACCCGGAUCUCCCCGAGCACCUCAAAGGGUCCGAUCCCGACGAGACGGUGGUCGUGGACGUGCCGUGCCCCGGGCAGGAAGGCCGCGUCAUCGGGAAGGGCGGCGCGACGAUCAAGGAGAUCGAGCGGCAGUCCGGCGCGGGGAUGAAGGUGGAGAAGGGGUCGGGGAACGUCGCCGAGGCGGCCAACGCGCCGCCGCCGGGGAUCCAAGGCGGCCCCACGCGCGCGGGCGACUGGACGUGCCCGCAGUGCCGAGGUCUGGUCUACUCCGGGAAGUCGAACUGUUUCAACUGCGGCGCGCCGCGGCCGAUGAACGCGGGCGUGAUGGCCCCCGCCGCCGGGUACGCCCCCGCGAUGCAAGCUGGCAUGAUGCAACAGGGCGGGUACGCGAUGCAACCGAUGAUGAUGGCGCCGCCGCACGCGAUGUACGGCGGCGCGCCCGCCGUCAACCCGAUGGCCGCCGUCGGCGGCGGCGGCCCGACGACGUCGAUCGAGGUGCCGUGCGCGGGGUGCGAGGGACGCAUCAUCGGGAAGGGCGGCGACAUGAUCAAGUACCUCCAGGCGCGUCCCACGCACUGGUUCCCACACGACCGCGUCGGCGCGUACCUCCAGUCCGUCACCGGCGCCAAGCUGGACAUGAAGCGCGACGUCGGGACGGUGAUGAUGACGGGGUCGCCCGAGGCGGUGCAGGCGGCGCAGGAGCUCGUGCUCGAGGUGAUGGAGCUCGGCGAUACGCGGAGUAAGGGCGGGUUGAUUCCGAAAUUUGGCGGCGCCGCGCAGCAGCAGCAGAUGAUGAUGGUGCCGAUGCAAGGGCAAGGGUACGCGCCGGCGCCGGGCGGGUACGCGAUGAUGCCGCAGCAAGGCGCCUACGCGCAGCCGGCGCAAUACGCGCCGCAGCCGGUGCAAUACGACCCCUACUCGCGGGCGGCGCAGCCGGGCGCGGCGGCGGCGUACGGACAGCAGCAGCAGCAGCCGGCGGAGCAGGGCGCGGUGUACCAACCGCAACCGGCGCAGCACGCGGCGGUGGCCGCCGCGGAGUGGGGGCAGCAGCAGCCGGCGGCGGCGGCGGCGGCGGACGCGGGCGCGGGCGCGGGCGCGGGCGCGGCGGGGGGCGCGACCGCGGCGGGGGAGUGGCAGACGCACUACUCGGAGGGGAAGCCGUAUUACUACAACACCGUCACGGGGGAGACGCGGUGGGCGUGA